AUGAAACAAAAAUUGGCUAGGAAGGGACCUAAAUCACGGGCCUCGGGGUCUGUGAAGAAGGAAGAUUAUCGCAAAAAGAAAGGAAAGAAUUUAAAGCAAAAAUCAUCGGAUGAUGAUGACGAUUUGUCCGACAUUGAGGCCGAAUUCCUCGAUGAUAUCCCGGAAAAUAUCGCAAAAAAAAUUCACAAACUCUCAAAUGAGAAUGAUCGUGAAUAUCAAAAGGUAAAAUUGGCCAAUGAUGCCGAUUUCCUUGAGCAGGAUACUUUAGUUUCUGCAACAUUGAAGGAGAUCGAUGGUUUCAUGCCAGAAAGCUCAUUGCCGAGUACUGCCGUUGAGAUUGGUAAAUUGAGCCAACUUUUGUUCAAAUCGCCUGAUGCUGAAGAUGAAUCUUUGCGUAAACUGAAAGAAGUAUACACCGAAAUUGGUGUGUAUAUGUCAAAGUACACUAGUGGAGGUUUACCCAAAGCAUUUAAAGUCCUUCCUAGAAUGAAAAGUUGGGAAGAGUUCUUAGGGCUUACACACCCAGAAAAUUGGACUCCCAACGCAAUGUAUGAAGCGACACACAUAUUUGCUUCCAACAUGACGGAAUCUAUGGUGGAAAUUUUCUACAAUAAAGUGUUAUUGCCUACGGUACGGAAGGAUAUCCGCCGUGGCCGUAAAUUGAACUAUCACUUGUACAUGGCUCUUAAGAAAGCAAUAUUCAAGCCUACUGCAUGGUUCCAAGGCAUUUUGGUACCUCUGGUUGAGGAGGGUUGUAUGUACAGGGAGGCUGCUAUAAUAGGUAAUGUACUUCGCCGCAUCUCUAUCCCCGUAUUACACGCUUCUGCGUUCAUUCUGAGGCUUUGCCAAUGCCAGAAGUGGUUUGGCAGUAGCAGUUUCAUCAUGUCGAUCUUACUGCAAAAGAACUAUAAUUUGCCGAAGAAUGUAAGUUUCCUUUGUCACUGGUUAAUGAUGAGACAACGACCUAAAGCCAGUUCUGCUUCUGAGAAAGUGAUGUGA